GAGAUUUGUUCCCUUAAAAAUUACUUGAGUAGUUGGUGGAUAUAGGGAUGAACACACAAUGCAAAUUGAUUAGUUGAUUGAUUUAUCUAGUGUUGACGUUGUCUAUUUCAACGGCUACUACGAAGAGAACCUUUUAAACAACGAAACAUGUGAAAACUAAUUUACGCAACAAAAUGAACGAUGGAUUUCUCACCAAUUGAUUAACUAUGUUAUUUGAAACAGAGUAUGUUAUUGGUAUGAAUCUAGGAUUCAUUAUUGAUGCAUUCGCCAAAGUAAAAGAUCGUAAUGUACAAUUGACAUUGUAAAAAAGAACUAGGAUCAUAUACAUUUCUGACGAUAUCUAAUUUUGUAAUGAAUUAAUGAACUGCGGCCCGGUGUUCUAAUGUGUUCUGCAUCCGCAGUCGAGGCCUGGGUGAGUGGGACUUGGACUCAUUCACAUAAUCACAGCUCGCUCACUCCCCCAAAUUGGCUGCCCAUUGGGCCGAAUGAGAAGAAGGGAAAGGGUAGAGAGAUCCCAGAGGCUGCAGAACGAACGAAAGAUUCUGCAGGCGGGUUGAAUAUGGAGAAUCUCCUCCUCCAACUCCAAAGGCGCUUAUUCCCUCUCCUAGGGCUCCUACUUUCAUUCCUCUUCGUCUUCCUCUCCCGCAGUUCCCCCAAGGUAUCUGAUAGGAGUGAAUGCAGUCUUCUUCCCCACAGCCAUUACUGGAUAGCCAGUAAUCGAAUCGUUACUACGCAGGGUGUCGUUUCUGGUGCAGUUGAGGUGAAGGAAGGGAAGAUUGCAUCCGUUGUCAAGGGUGAGGAUUGGAAAGGUGAUUCCAGGACCAAGCAAAUCAUCGAUUAUGGCGACGCCGUUGUCAUGCCUGGCUUGGUCGAUGUGCAUGUUCAUCUUGACGAUCCCGGACGAACUGAAUGGGAAGGAUUCCCGUCAGGAACUAAAGCAGCCGCCGCAGGGGGUAUUACAACAUUGAUUGAUAUGCCACUCAAUAGUUUUCCAUCAACUGUUUCUUCCGAGACUCUUAGGCUAAAGACAGAAGCUGCAACCGAUAACAUAUAUGUUGAUGUGGGGUUUUGGGGAGGACUUGUUCCUGAGAAUGCUUUUAAUGCUACCUCUCUUGAAGCUCUUCUAAGUGCUGGUGCCCUUGGCCUCAAGUCAUUCAUGUGCCCUUCCGGGAUCAAUGAUUUCCCCAUGACAAAUGCUAGUCACAUAAAGGCAGGGCUAGCUGUACUUGCAAAAUACAAAAGGCCUUUGCUUGUACAUGCAGAGAUGGAGCAAGAUGCACAAGCGAAUUACUUGGAAGAUGGUAUGAACAACGACCCUCGUUCAUAUUCAACGUACCUCAGGACUCGCCCACCAUCCUGGGAGGAGGCAGCCAUUCGAGAGCUCUUGACAGUGUCAGGGGACACAGCGCCUGGUGGUCCUGCAGAAGGAGCUCACCUUCACGUUGUUCAUUUAUCAGAUGCUGCUUCUUCCUUACAACUUCUAAAGGAAGCAAAAGGUAGCGGGCACAGUGUAACUGUAGAGACAUGUCCACAUUACCUAGCAUUCUCUUCAGAGGAGAUCGAGGAUGGUGAUACUCGUUUCAAAUGCUCCCCACCCAUCCGUGAUGCUGCAAAUAGAGAAAUUCUCUGGAAGGCCGUUUUGGAAGGAGAUAUAGACAUGCUGAGUUCUGAUCAUUCUCCAUCUGUGCCGGAGCUUAAGCUCCGUGAAGAAGGUAACUUCUUGAAGGCUUGGGGCGGCAUAUCAUCUCUGCAGUUUGUUCUUCCGGUGACAUGGUCCCAUGGACGGAAGUACGGAGUGAGUCUUGAACAAGUGGCGCUAUGGUGGAGCGAAAGACCGGCCAAGCUUUCCGGACAAGAAUCCAAGGGGAGCAUUGCAGUUAGGAAACAGGCAGAUAUAGUUGUAUGGGAACCGGAUGUGGAAUUUUUCCUCAACGAAGAUCACCCCACGUACCUCAAACACCCAAGCAUCUCAGCGUACAUGGGGACAAAAUUGACGGGUAAGGUAUUGGCAACGUUUGUGAGAGGAAACCUAGUGUAUGGAGAUGGGAAGCACGCUUCUGCUGCCUGUGGUGCUACUCUGCUCUCAAAAGUGCCCGUAGACGUGUAAAUAUAGUCAUUUUCAGACAUGCUCUUACUGCUAGUAAGUGAAUAAUUAAUGGGCUAAUUCCACUACAAGACCAAGACUAUCAAAAUUAUGUAAAGUAUUCAAUAUGACAAUAGUUAAUGUAGGGAUGACAAUUUCAACCCGUCCUGUCGGAUUAUACCCGACUUGCAGUAGCGUUUGGCGGGCAUGGGUAUCUACUUCCGACCCGCUCUGUCCGUUCUUGGAUUAUUAUGUCUCAAUUUCUUACAGUAUAUAUAUUCAUAUUUCUCCUAUUUUGACUUGUCUUCAACUAGUUAGAGUUGAUCUUUCAACUAGUUAUACUCAAUUACCCAUUUUAUGAUCACUAUUUUUCAUUCAUAUAGUGUUUCCUCCUUUUUAUAGAAAAAGGUACAAUUUUGCAUGUAUUUUUUCAAAUAACAUGUAAGAGUGAGUCAACCCGUCCCGACUCGUCCCAUUGCCAUCACUAUCCUAAUGUAUGAGACUUUUGUUGCACUUAUGUCCUGACAUUUUUGUUUACUGUAAGAAAUAACGAUUGAUCAUACGGUGGUCAAAGUAAUGUUGACUUUUGCUUAUGUGACAAAAAUAUAUACCUCUUGCAAGCCCAUCUAGUAUAUGAAAUAAAAUGACCGCAAAGUUUACUCAAAGAACAUAAUGUCUAGUUGCCUGUUCCGGUGAAUGUGUUCUAUGAUACUAUGUAUGUUAUUAAAAUAACAGAUAAUCGAGUUUAUCAUAAGAGAACUAAACACAUUAAAAUUAAUAUCUAUGCUAAUAGAGAGAGGAAUCAAGUAUAAUUAAGUUGAAUUACUACAUUCAAAGUAAAGAACAGUUGCAAAUUUGUUUACAAAAUGGGUUGACACGUUAUUAAAGUGCUUACUUGCUGGACACGUUGAGGUGAUAAAUUUCUAGGCGCCAACAUGAGGGGACUUGUUGAAGAUUGUUGGAAAUUGUCGACCAAAUGCACACUAAAGGUCUCUAGUUUGUUUUUUGUUCUAAACAUGUUGAUUUUCAUUUUGCAUAUUGUGUUUUAAUAUUUUAUAUAUAAAGUAGGAAAUUGUUUUUAUAUCCACACACAAAUGCCAAUCACAUUGUCAAUGGUCCACUAGCCCCCACAAUGAAACUGUCACCACACGCCUCCCGUCGCGGGUGAGUGGGACUUGGAUGGAUUCACAGAAUCACAGCUCGCUCACUCCCCCCAAAUUGCCUGCCCAUAGGGCCGAAUAAGGAGAGAAAAAGGCAAAGGGAAGAGAGAUCCCAGAGGUUACACAACCAAAUACUUCCUCUACAAGCAUGUUGAAUAUGGAGAAGGAGCACAUGGAUGUCGGUGAUGAUUCUAGAUUGGAAUCACAACCAAGAUACCCUUAUAUAACACAUGGAUGGGGAUGAUGAUUCUAAAUCAGAAUCACAACCAGCCUCGACGAAAGCUAAGGAGAAGGAGCACAGGAGGAGGUUGUUGCUUACUAGGAACGAAUAUCGGUGCCUGAGCAUUGAGUUUACCAGAUGAUGCAUUCCGCGAGAGUGAAGGAUCGGAAACAACCACGAUCGGUGAAUCAAUCGGAGAAGCUGCCGAUGGAAGCGACUGUGAACCUUAACCCAACUAUUUCUUCUUCUACCAUCUCCACCCCCAAAUUGUAACCAUCCUAGAAGUUUUGAAGAACUUAUAAGCUCAGAUGAAACCCAGAAGCAGGAAAAAGUAAUCAUAUAUGUUGGGAAUGAAUAGUUUUGAAAAAU